CUCCCCCUCUUACGUAUUGGAGAGGAGUGCCUCUCGCCAGCUACUGUUGCAUUAAGAAUCGCCGUUUGACUUUCGUUUUUGCUGAUGUUGUUACUUAACAUAAAAAGCUGAGACAGACUGUUGCAGGCUGAAGUGAAAGGCCAGUGUUGAAUGGUGAAGCGAACAGCUAAAUCAACAUGUCAGAAGAUGAGCCCAUGGAGACUGGGGACAAAUCCUUGGAUUUCAGUGGACAACAGCAUGAUAGACAGUUGCAGUCUACAAGUGAUGGGUCAGCCCUUUUAGUCAACCAUCAUGUGGGACAUGUCAGUAUGACUCCUGCAGCUCCUGGAUCAGUCCAUUUUUCAAAUUGGCAGGAAACAUUGAAUCCCACUGUGCCCUACAGUCAGCCCCAUCAUGCUGGAACAAGUGAGCAUCCUCCCCCUAACCAAGGACAAGUGAUUCAAAAGCAACCACAACCGUAUGUGUCUGGUCAUCCCCAAAGGGUCAUCAGCAUGAAUGACAAGGAGCAGAGUGGGGGAGAGCAGCCCUCAGCACCUCCUGAUGAGGCCACAGUCUAUGUCCUUGUGGAGUUGACUGAAAAAAACUUUCCACAAAGAUGGCAUUCUACACUACAGAGAACUCUCCAGUCAUGGUUCAAUAAGGAAUUUGGUGAUAUUAAGAGAACAGAAGGCUGUGGUGGUAGUAAGGCAACCGAAUGCUCUGUGCAAAAUAUAUUGGACAACGGAUCCUGGGCAGAGGUCAAGAUUUGUCCCUCAUCAGACCUCAACGUUCUUCUGAAGCAGAGGCCAACACAGAUGACCUUCAAAGACAAGGGCAAGAUAAACGCUACUGUGACGUUUCACAGGGCAGCACCAACAUCAAAUCUCUGGACCCAAACACCUCAGAGUAAACUGAGCUCAACAGAUGUUCGUCCACCAUCACCCAUUCCACAGGAUGUCAAAAUUCCAAUUAUCUUAAGUGCUAGAGUUGAUCUCAAUGGCUUCUCACCUGAAGCACAGGUUGUCCUCCAGACCAGAUUCCAUCAGUACCUCUCUUCUCAUCACUCACUUACCAUGACUGGGAACUUUGAGGAAGUGGAGCAGUUCUACACAGAGGUGACCAGGGUCAUGAAGGAAACUGAAGCCAAGUCGACGUGGGGGAGCGGUGGUGCAGCAGUGGCACCAAUCAUUGCUCAAAAUGAAAUGAAGACCUAUGGAGACUGUGGACUGGAGGAAGUUAAAGUCCCUGUGAUCCAUUUUGCUUACCUAAACCAAGCCUACAGGAAAGAUAUGGAGAGAAUAGAGAAAAAUAACGGAGUUAAAAUCAAUGCAGAAGUGCUGGUGUCAAUCCAAGAGAACAUGCAGGAAAUGGUUCGAAACCCGACCAAAGCCUCUCAGGACUUCAUUGACAUCGUCCAGAAGUGUGUAGGUGAAUUUGAAAGCGUUUUCACCCCUCUGACACACGUGGAUCCAGGAGACCUUGUGAAUAUGCUGAAGAGCAUCCAAAACGAAGAGACCAGGCUGGUGAUAAAUGUGUCUGCCAAUGGGUGCAAUGUAUUAGGGCCAAAACAGAGCAUGGUGGCAGUCAAGAAGGCUUUUGGGGUGGGCCACAACUCUACAGUGAAGGAUUCUGAAUUUGCUGGAGGAUCUGGGAGGAGAUCUACAGAGAUUCCCCAGAAGAUUGUAAUGAACAUCAAGGACCCACUGGUGUCAGAUGGGCUGUCCAUGGACCUGGCUCACUGGAAUUUGAUGAAAACUGCCUUUGAUGAGAUAAUAAAAGCAAUCCAAAGUAAAUUUGGAGUAGUUUUCAUGGAUAAUUACUUUCAGGGCAUGGUCAGUGUGAAAACCAGACCUAUCAUGUCCCAACACGCGGCCUCUCUGGAAAGCAAUGCCAUCAGAGCUCUCAUGCACCUCUACCAGAAGGUUGCCACAUCAACAAUGAGCUGCUACCUGCUGGACACUACCCAGGCAAAGACCGUGGGGGACAUGCUGGAGAGAAUCCGCUCUCGACACCUCUGUGUUGGGGCAGGAGAAAACUAUGGUCCCUGGAGGCUGAUAGGCCUACCGCAGCAUUUGGGCCCUGCUGUCAAAGAGCUAGAAGAGAAGCUUGGUGGGCCUGUGUUUAAAGAGAAAGACAAGCAAAAAAUUGGAUACCUUGAAGACUACAGAUCCAGCGCUGGAGCAGCCGGUGAUAGAGGAGGAGCAACAGGAGGGGCUGAAAAGGAAAAAUGCACCAUAUGCAUGGAUGAAUUUACCGACAAGGAGAAGUUGUCCUGCAACCAUGAGUUUUGUAAAGAAUGUCUGAAGCGCUCAGUUGAAAACUUGGGUGCCAUCUGUCCACUAUGCAAGGAUGUAUUUGGGAUGGUGGAGGGACAACAGCCUGAUGGAACAAUGACAUGGAGACUUGACAAAGCCAACUUAGCUGGAUUCCAUGACUGUGGCAUGAUCGUUAUCAGCUAUGAUAUUCCACAUGGACAACAAACAAAGAAACAUCCCAACCCUGGAAAGCAUUUUUACGGGACUCAACGAACAGCUUAUCUACCUGACAACAAUGAGGGAAAGAAGGUGCUGAAGCUGUUGAAGAAGGCAUUUGAUCAGAAGCUGAUUUUCACAGUUGGGACCUCCAGAACAACUGGGGCAGACGACUGUGUGACCUGGAACGACAUUCACCACAAAACCAGACCUGAUGGAGGGGCACAAAAUUUCGGCUACCCUGACCCAGACUACCUGAGAAGAGUGAAGGAUGAGCUGAAGGCCAAAGGCAUCGAAUGAAGACAAUCCUGGAGAUAGAGUAAAGGACUAGUUCAGUUCGGGGACAUUUUUGGUCAAGAUAGUUUUUUUAAGCAAUACAUUUGUCUAAACAAACUUUUUGGGGAAUUUAGUUUUGAUUGGUAUACUGGUAGUUAAUUUUUUAAGAUGCUUGAAUCCAAGUUAACGUGUGAACUAUGACAAUGUCUUGAAUGCGUAGAACAUUUAAAAGCACUGACAGAAUAAUCUAACAAGAUAAUACACAAUAGUAACAUUGAGUUGAAAUCAAUAUAUUAUAAUAACCAGUUGGUGUUCUCUCAUAAGAUAAAUGGAUACACUUGCUGGAACUGAAAAGUUUGGCUUAGUGAAGGCCGAAUCACUUCUUGUAUAUGAUUAACUCAAUGCAUUUUGUUUGAUUGGUAAUGAGAAUAAAAAGUACAUUUAAAACAUUGA